AGAUAGUAGACAGAGGGUGCCACCUGACUCUCCUUCGUCGUUUCAGUUUGUCUCCUUGUGCAAUUUCUCCGCUGUUUCGAAAAGAGGGUAGUUGUCAUUUCUCAAGGUUUCGUCGUCAUUCCGUGUGAUCACGUGCAGUAUGGUGUGAAACGUACUUUUAACUCAAGAUUCGUUCUAAGUAUCGUUGCUCCACCCAUCUGUUGUCAUUCUGAGUUCGUGAUCGAUUCGCGUUUUUCGUCGACAAUACCGCAGAAGUUGCCGCGGAUAUUUGCCCCACGAAAGAUGGUGCAGAACGAUGCUCGACGAGAAACCGGUACAUAAGUCACGAUGGUGAAGAUGCGAGAUUCCGAUCGGGCCGCGUGUGCUCCCGUGCCAGCCUAGCAGAGGGAUCAGUGGAGCCUGGCGACGAUGCGAGAUAACUCCAAAGAGAUGUUCAUUAUCAGAGCUUUGGAAAAGAUCCUGGCUGACCGGGAUGUCAAACGGUCGCAUCUUUCUCAACUUAGAAAGUCCUGCGAGACUGCACUUGAUAACUUGAGAAAUGAGAUCAAAGAAAGCUCAGGCACUCAAGUGUCAACUGCUUUGCCACAGCCUCGCAGUGAUUCGUAUGUCAUCUCUGCAGAAAAAUAUUUUUUGCCCUUUGAAUUGGCUUGUCAGAGCAAAUCUCCAAGAAUUGUAGUCACUGCUCUGGACUGUCUACAAAAGUUGAUUGCCUAUGGACAUCUUACAGGAAAUGUACCUGACUCUACAGAGCCAAAUAAGCUGCUCAUUGUACGCAUUGUUGAGACAAUAUGUGGAUGUUUUAUGGGGCCACAAACGGAUGAGGGAGUCCAGCUGCAGAUUAUAAAAGCUCUUCUCACGGUAAUGACAAGUCAGCAUGUCGAAGUUCACGAGGGUACCGUGUUACUCACCAUACGUGCAGUGUACAGCGUUUAUCUGGCUUCAAGGAACUUGGUUAAUCAAACUACAGCCAGAGCUACGCUCACCCAGAUGAUCAAUGUUAUUUUCGCGCGCAUGGAGACACAAGCGGAAGAAGAGACCAUCCGAACCGAGACAGAACAAUCUGAAACGACUAACGCAAAUUCCACUAAUUGUACUUCUGGUGGAGAACUCGAAACUGAGACAGUAAAUCAUGAAGAAUCAACUACGGAGGGCAGUCAAGAAUCACAGUUGAUAGUUCGAGGAAUUUUGGAAGAUGUGGUAAAUUCCAUUGUUCCUGAGGAUUCGACAAAUGUAACUACCGUAACUUCGGAGGAGGCUAGCUUAGAUCAAGUGCCUAUAGACGAAAACUCCGAUGAGACUGUUGCGGAGAACGAUAAUAUGGUCAGGGCAAAAUUUACUCAUGUACUGCAGAAAGAUGCCUUCCUGGUUUUUAGAGCACUUUGCAAGCUUUCCAUGAAACCACUGCCUGAUGGUACUCCAGACCCAAAGUCCCAUCAGCUCAGGUCGAAGAUUCUUUCAUUACAAUUGCUUUUGGGUAUUCUGCAAAAUGCUGGACCGGUGUUGCGUUCUAAUGAAAUGUUCGUCAUAGCCAUAAAACAGUACCUCUGUGUAGCACUCUCAAAGAACGGUGUCUCUUCCGUUCCUGAAGUGUUCGAAUUAUCCCUAGCAUUAUUCCUCGCAUUGCUGGCUCGUUUCAAAGUGCACUUAAAGAUGCAGAUUGAGGUUUUCUUCAAGGAGAUCUUUAUGAAUAUCCUCGAAACCUCUAGCAGUUCCUUCGAACACAAGUGGAUGGUAAUUCACGCUCUGACUCGUAUUUGUGCGGAUGCACAGAGUGUCGUGGACAUCUAUGUGAACUAUGACUGCGACUUGUCAGCUGCGAAUUUGUUUGAAAGGCUUGUGAAUGACUUAUCGAAGAUUGCACAAGGUAGACAAGCACUAGAAUUAGGUGCCUCACCUAAUCAAGAAAAAUCAAUGCGAAUCAGAGGCCUUGAGUGCUUAGUGUCAAUUUUAAAGUGCAUGGUUGAGUGGAGCAGAGAUCUGUAUGUUAACCCAAGUGUUCCAGCUGAUCAACAGCUUCCAUCGGAGCCUCCUGAUCCUCCAGUGGAACCACCUCUACCGCGUUAUGGAAGCGCUGGCAGUUUAUCCUCAGCAAAUUCUAGUCUAAUAGGCAAUAAGGAGAUUCCAGACUCUCCUGAGCAAUAUGAAGUACAGAAACAACAAAAAGAAGUGUGGGAAACUGGAAUCGACAUUUUUAAUCGAAAGCCAAGCAAGGGAGUACAAUAUCUUCAAGAGCAAGGUCUUCUAGGUAAUUCUUCUGAAGACGUUGCUCGUUGGCUUCAUAUGGACGAACGACUCGAUAAAACCGCGAUAGGCGAUUUUCUUGGCGACCACAAUCACAAUCAGGUGAUGUACAGUUAUAUCGAUCAAAUGAACUUUGCCGAUCGCGAUUUAGUUACAGCCUUGAGAUAUUUUCUCGAGGGUUUUCGGCUGCCUGGUGAAGCGCAGAAGAUCGAUCGGUUAAUGGAGAAGUUUGCCAGUCGAUAUUGUGAAUGUAACCCAAAUAAUGGAUUGUUCACAAGUGCAGAUACCGCAUACGUAUUGGGCUUUUCAAUUAUUAUGCUGACUACUGAUCUCCAUUCGCCUCAAGUGAAGAAUAAAAUGACCAAAGAGCAAUAUAUCAAACUAAACCGACGUAUCAGCGAUAACGAAGAUUUGCCCGAAGAAUAUUUGUCGAAAAUUUACGAUGAGAUAGCCGGCAACGAAAUUAAAAUGAAGUCCAAUCCUAAUCGUCCUGGCAAGCAAGUGAUAUCUAGUGAAAAGAAACGACGACUAUUAUGGAACAUGGAAAUGGAGGUAAUAUCGACAGCAGCGAAAAAUCUAAUGGAAUCUGUCAGUCAUGUACAAGCACCGUUCACCACAGCUAAACAUUUGGAACAUGUUCGACCAAUGUUUAAAAUCGCGUGGACACCGUUUUUAGCCGCAUUCAGCGUCGGCCUUCAAGACUGUGAUGAUCCAGAAAUUGCCUCACUUUGUCUAGAUGGCAUUAGAUGUGCAAUACGCAUUGCUUGCAUAUUUCACAUGACGUUAGAACGAGAUGCAUACGUACAAGCUUUGGCGCGGUUUACUCUGUUGACUGCAAAUUCACCGAUCACCGAAAUGAAGGCGAAAAACAUCGACACGAUUAAAACUCUGAUUACUGUAGCUCACACCGAUGGUAACUAUCUUGGCAGUUCUUGGCUGGAUGUUGUCAAAUGCAUCUCCCAACUCGAACUUGCUCAGCUAAUUGGGACUGGAGUCAGACCACAGCUCCUCGGCCCACCUUCGAAGCCACAUUUCCCGUCGCCGUUGGUCAACUUCAACCUAACACAUAAUAACUCCCAUCAGAACAAUAAUUUGAAUCUCAGCUCGUUGGAUCCAAGUGUAAAGGAAUCAAUAGGAGAAACAAGUUCUCAAAGCGUCGUGGUGGCAGUUGAUCGAAUAUUCACGGGUUCCACCAGAUUAGAUGGUGACGCCAUUGUAGAAUUCGUGAAAGCUCUUUGUCAAGUUUCACUGGAGGAGUUAUCACAUCCAACGCAACCUAGAAUGUUCUCAUUGACCAAAAUUGUAGAGAUAUCUUAUUACAACAUGGGACGUAUCAGACUUCAGUGGUCCAGAAUUUGGCAAGUGAUAGGGGAUCAUUUUGAUAGAGUUGGCUGCAGUCCCCGUCAGGACAUCGCUUUCUUUGCAGUUGAUUCUUUGAGGCAGCUUGCAACUAAGUUCAUAGAGAAAGGAGAAUUUGCCAAUUUCCGAUUUCAAAAGGAUUUCCUCAGGCCGUUUGAGCAUAUCAUGAAGAAGAACCGGUCACCAGUGAUUCGAGACAUGGUAGUCCGUUGUGUCGCGCAAAUUGUACACUCACAGGCUCCUAAUAUACGAUCAGGAUGGAAAAAUAUAUUCAGCGUGUUCCAUCAUGCAGCUAGCGACAGAGAUGAAUCUGUAGUAGAGCUUGCAUUUUCUAUGACUGGAAAGAUUAUAAAUGAAUUAUAUGCCGAAGAUUUCAGUAUCAUGGUAGAUUCGUUCCAAGAUGCCGUAAAGUGCCUCAGUGAAUUCGCUUGCAAUGCCUCCUUCCCAGAGACAAGCAUGGAGGCCAUAAGAUUGAUACGUUCUUGCGCGUCAUAUAUUGAUGCCAAUCCGAAUCUCUUCGCGGAGGGCAUGAUGGAUGACAGUGGAAUGGUAUCUGAAGAAGACAGAGCUUGGGUUAGGGGAUGGUUUCCACUGUUGUUCGAGUUGUCGUGUAUAGUAAGCAGGUGUAAGUUAGACGUUCGAACACGAGCGUUAACCGUUCUUUUUGACGUCGUGAAGACGCAUGGAGCUUCUUUCAAACCCCAUUGGUGGAAAGAUCUCUUCCAAGUCCUGUUCAGAAUCUUCGACAACAUGAAACUUCCUGAACAACAUACAGAGAAAGCAGAAUGGAUGACAACAACAUGCAACCAUGCCCUAUACGCAAUUGUUGACGUAUUCUCACAGUUUUACGACAUUUUAGGACCUCUUCUCCUAGAGCAAUUGUACUCCCAGCUACUCUGGUGUGUGCAGCAAGACAAUGAACAACUGGCACGUUCAGGAACCAAUUGCCUGGAGAACCUUGUGAUCAGCAACGGCAUCAAGUUCGACGAGCAGACUUGGGAGAAAACUUGCAGUUGUGUCCUGGAUAUCUUCGAGAGUACCCUGCCGUCCGCCCUACUUACUUGGAAACCCCAAUCGCCUAAUAAAGAAUCUGAUCUAGAUGUAAUUACAGGAGAGGCGGACAGUCACGUGGGAAUUCUCAAAAGGAGCAACAGUUCCCAAAGUUUAAUAAACGGCGAGUCAAUAAAGAACAAAAUUUUCUCCGCACUAUUGAUUAAGUGUGUCGUACAGUUAGAGCUGAUUCAAACGAUAGACAACAUCGUCUUCUAUCCAGCUACGUCUAGAAAGGAAGAUCAGGAGAAUUUAGCGUUAGCACAGGCGGACAUGUUCAAUGGAAAGUCCUCUGAAUUGGGUGUAAGAGCUGGUGCAGACCAGCAGAAGGAAGAACAGGGCAUGUACUACGCUUUGACUACUACGCAUCUAUUGCAAUUAGUCGAAUGUUUAUUGAAAUCCCAUAGAUUCGCUAAGAGUUUCAACUCCAAUCACGAACAACGGAACGUGUUGUGGAAGGCUGGUUUCCGGGGCAACGUGAAGCCAAAUCUACUCAAACAAGAAACACAGUCGUUAGCCUGUGCAUUGAGAAUCCUUUUUAAAAUGUACAGUGACGAAGCUCAUAGAGCUGAUUGGAGCAAGGUGGAAACUAGGCUCGUUGAAGUGGCUUGUGAAGCGCUAGAAUACUUCCUGGCACUUUCCAACGAGGCUCACCGAGAUGCUUGGACUCCGAUACUGUUGUUGCUUCUGACAAGAAUCUUGAAAAUGAGCGACAAUCGGUUUGCUGUUCACGCGUCCAGCUGUUACCCGCUACUUUGUGAAGUUAUGUGCUUUGAUCUCAAACCGGAAUUAAGGUCUGUGCUGCGGAGAUUCUUCCUAAGAAUUGGCCCGGUAUUUAGGAUCACGCAGCAGUAGUUGUAACGAGUUUUUGUAAAAAGUGAGGUGAUAUAAUUUUUUGACCUUAAAAUUGAUGAGAGAGAUUCUUGCAAUUUGAAUUAGGUCAAAGAUUUUUUUAUUUUAGAUGCGUUAUAUUGAAAGAGGAUGGUUAGUAUUGUACAAAAUUUUUGAACAACUCAAAACGAGAUUGUUCUGAAAUUUUGUAUGCUAUUAUGACAGUUCAGAUUUGAAUAAUUUAUAUAGUAUCUUCUUUUAUCUUUAAUUUGCAAAUUAUGACUUGUACUUCUUGCAAGAAUUUCUUCUGCAUAUAUCGUAAUGCAAAUUGGAAUGAAACAGUUUUUGAUUGAAAUAUAAUUUUCUCUCGAAGAAUAAAA